GCUUCCCGCGAACUGUGCGGGCUGCUUCCGGGGCGUCCGUGACGCGGCGGCCGCGACCUCUUCCUUAGGCGGGCCUCGGACGACAGAUCCUCGAAAUUCUCUGCUUUUUUGCCUCCGUCGCCGUCUGGUUCCUUCCCUUCCCAGCCUUGGUUGUCGCCACCGCCAUGAACAAGAAGAAGAAGCCUUUCCUGGGCAUGCCCGCGCCGCUCGGCUACGUGCCGGGGCUGGGCCGGGGUGCCACUGGCUUCACUACCCGAUCAGACAUUGGGCCAGCCCGGGAUGCAAAUGAUCCUGUAGAUGAUCGCCAUGCACCACCCGGCAAGAGAACCGUUGGGGAUCAGAUGAAAAAAAACCAGGCUGCUGACGACGAUGACGAGGAUCUGAAUGACACCAACUAUGAUGAGUUCAAUGGCUACGCUGGAAGCCUUUUCUCAAGUGGGCCGUAUGAGAAAGAUGAUGAGGAAGCAGAUGCUAUUUAUGCAGCUCUGGAUAAAAGGAUGGACGAAAGAAGAAAAGAAAGGAGGGAGCAAAGAGAGAAAGAAGAAAUUGAGAAAUAUCGUAUGGAACGCCCUAAAAUCCAACAGCAGUUCUCAGAUCUAAAAAGGAAGUUGGCAGAAGUCACAGAAGAAGAGUGGCUGAGCAUCCCUGAGGUUGGCGAUGCUAGAAACAAACGCCAGCGGAACCCACGCUAUGAGAAGCUGACCCCUGUUCCUGACAGUUUCUUUGCCAAACACUUACAGACUGGAGAGAACCAUACUUCAGUGGACCCCCGACAAACUCAAUUUGGAGGUCUUAAUACACCCUAUCCAGGGGGACUGAAUACCCCAUAUCCAGGUGGAAUGACACCAGGAUUGAUGACACCUGGCACAGGUGAGCUGGACAUGAGGAAGAUCGGCCAGGCAAGGAAUACCCUAAUGGACAUGAGGCUGAGCCAGGUGAGAAUUUGUCAUGUAAUAGUUCCUUACAGAUGGCGCAACGAGCCUCGGUUUGCAUUUUCUGUUUAUGCUGAAGCUGAUUGUCUUUCCAUGUGGGAGGGACCUGAGAUUCUGCUCCACAGGCAUGUGCCUUUCCCAUGUGGCUCCAGUCUGUAUGUUGGAGCCCUUCUGCUCUUUCCUUUUCCCUCACAGAGUGAAGAUGUGUGGUUAGAAGCAGCCAGGUUGCAGCCUGGGGACACUGCCAAGGCUGUGGUGGCCCAAGCUGUCCGGCAUCUCCCACAGUCUGUUAGGAUUUAUAUCAGAGCAGCAGAGCUGGAAACAGAUAUUCGAGCAAAGAAGCGGGUUCUUCGGAAAGCUCUUGAGCAUGUCCCAAACUCAGUUCGCUUGUGGAAAGCAGCCGUUGAAUUGGAAGAGCCUGAAGAUGCUAGAAUCAUGCUCAGCCGUGCUGUGGAGUGCUGCCCCACCAGCGUGGAGCUCUGGCUUGCUCUGGCAAGGCUGGAGACCUAUGAAAAUGCCCGAAAGGUCUUGAACAAAGCACGUGAGAACAUUCCUACUGACCGGCACAUCUGGAUCACUGCUGCUAAACUGGAGGAGGCCAAUGGGAACACACAGAUGGUGGAGAAGAUCAUUGACCGGGCUAUCACUUCUCUGCGGGCCAAUGGUGUAGAGAUCAACCGUGAGCAGUGGAUUCAGGAUGCCGAGGAAUGUGACAGGGCAGGGAGUGUGGCCACCUGCCAGGCAGUCAUGCGUGCUGUGAUUGGCAUCGGAAUUGAGGAGGAGGACCGGAAGCACACCUGGAUGGAAGAUGCAGACAGUUGUGUGGCCCACAGUGCCCUGGAGUGUGCACGUGCCAUCUAUGCCUACGCCCUGCAGGUGUUCCCCAGCAAGAAGAGCGUGUGGCUACGAGCUGCAUACUUUGAGAAGAACCACGGCACCAGGGAGUCCCUGGAAGCCCUCCUGCAGAGGGCUGUGGCUCACUGCCCCAAAGCGGAGGUGCUAUGGCUCAUGGGCGCCAAGUCCAAGUGGCUAGCAGGGGAUGUGCCUGCAGCAAGGAGCAUCUUGGCUCUGGCCUUCCAGGCUAACCCCAACAGUGAGGAGAUCUGGCUGGCAGCCGUGAAGCUGGAGUCCGAAAACAACGAGUACGAGCGGGCUCGGAGGCUGCUGGCUAAGGCGCGGAGCAGUGCACCCACUGCUCGGGUGUUCAUGAAGUCUGUGAAGCUGGAGUGGGUAUUGGGCAGCAUCGCAGCCGCGCAGGAGCUGUGUGAGGAGGCCUUGCGUCCCUACGAGGACUUCCCCAAGCUGUGGAUGAUGAAGGGGCAGAUCGAGGAGCAGGAAGGGCAGAUGGAGAAGGCACGGGAGGCCUACAGCCAGGGGUUGAAGAAGUGUCCCCACUCUACACCCUUGUGGCUUUUGCUCUCGCGGCUGGAAGAGAAGAUUGGGCAGCUCACCCGGGCACGGGCUAUUCUGGAGAAGUCUCGUCUGAGGAACCCAAAGAACCCUGAGCUAUGGUUGGAGUCUGUGCGGCUGGAGUACCGUGCGGGGCUGAAGAACAUUGCCAACACUCUGAUGGCCAAGGCACUGCAAGAGUGCCCCAACUCUGGUAUCCUGUGGUCUGAAGCCAUUUUUCUUGAGGCAAGGCCCCAGAGGAAGACAAAGAGUGUGGAUGCCUUGAAGAAGUGUGAACACGAUCCCCAUGUGCUCCUGGCUGUUGCCAAGCUAUUUUGGAGCGAGCGGAAGAUCACCAAGGCCAGGGAGUGGUUCCACCGCACCGUGAAGAUUGAUUCGGACCUGGGGGAUGCAUGGGCUUUCUUCUAUAAGUUUGAGCUGCAGCAUGGCACUGAGGAACAGCAGGAGGAGGUGAGGAAGCGCUGUGAGAACGCAGAGCCUCGGCAUGGGGAACUGUGGUGCGCCGUGUCCAAGGACAUCACCAACUGGCAGAGGAAGAUUGGAGAGAUCCUUGUGUUGGUGGCCGGCCACAUCAAGAACACCUUCUGAUUAUCCAGCACCCAUGGGGUGGGGCCUUGAGCGGCACCUGGCAGAGAUGUGGAAGGCCCUCCAAUCUGUUGUUCUUCAGUAAAGGGUUUUUAUGUAUCUGUCACCAUCA